CACCCUUUAUUCCUUCCCAUAUCUCUCUUCAUCUUCCAUAUCUCCUCAACUUCCUCUAUUCUCCAUCACUCUCACUUUACUCUCUUCUCUCUUUCACCUACUUUCAUAUAUUUAAGUUUACACCUUUACUCAUUAUUUAAGUCAUUUCUAUUUCUCUCCUUACAACUCAAAGAAUCUCAAUUUCUUCCCUUUCUCCCUCACCAAUUCUCAUCUUACUUCCAGAUCCAGUUUUUUGAUUCUCUUCAUCUGGGUGCUCACUGGAUCUGAUCAAAAACCCAGCUAAUACUUGGGUAACUUUGUUGGUUUGUUGUGCUUUUAGUGAAGAUUUAGAGGUUCUUGAACUGGGUUUAUGUUAGUAUUCUUGAAAGUUUCAGUAUUUGAUGCUUUUGAUGCUUAGAAAUUGGUAAUAUUUGGUCAGAUCUGAUAUUUGUUAGAGGUUUAGUAGGUUUGGUGAAAGUUGAUUAUUUGUUUAAACUGCUGUUGAGAUUGAAAUGGAAACCCUAGUUGCUGUAGCACAACACAGACACCAAUAUUACAGUGGUAGAGGAAAGAAUCAUAGUAUAAUGAGAUUUGGUUCAUCACCUUCUGGUGGAUUUAGGGAUAUUAAUUGUAGGACAUUCGAAUCUGGUAUGGGUUUGCUUCCUAGUCCUUAUAAGGCUUAUGGGAGUCCAGUGAUGAAUCGGGGUUUCGUGUCUCCGAAAUCACCAAGUCCAUGUGCUAAGAGUGUUGGGAAAUCGAAGAUUGAGGACGUUAAGCCUGUGAAAAAGAAUUUCAUGAGUAGUCCAAUUCCUAUAAACUUGAAGGUAGAUAGUAGGAAGGAGACCCCAUCAAAGGAGAGUCCGUCGUUCUCAGAGAGAUGGGCUGGACCCGCUUACUCGAACUCACCCCCACCGAGUUCUUUGCCUAUACCCAAGUUUUCUGUGAAACCUAAAAGGACUGUGUCACUUGAUUUACCCGCGUUAGAGUCUGAUUUGAACUUGCAGCCAAUGCCUAAGUCAGCCCCUGCAUCCCCGACUAGAGAAUCUUCCCGAUCACCCUUUAGUUUCCUCCAUGAUGAUGACUCUGCUACGAAGACUCUUCGUCGUAUCCUCAACCUUGAUAUUGCUGAUGAUUGAGUGGGAAACUCGGAUCAAGUACUAGUUGAAUGUUAGUUGUGUAUAUACAAGGAAAUAAAUUGCCUUGAGUUAGGCUGAUUUUAAGUUUAGUAGCUAUGGUAGAAGAGGCACAAGAUCACAGUUGUAGUUGGUAAUCAAUACACACUCGGGUUCCUUAUUAAGAUUUGGUUCGUGUUGUUUCAGUAUCGUUUAUGUAGAAAGAAGAUGUGGAGGUGGCAGGGCAUGUGGCGUUGGUGGUUGAUUUAGUUCUCUCUGAAACUUUCGGAGGCAGAAGAUGAGCGACGUUUACAAUACGUGGGUGAUUAAGCAUUUCAAUUUCCAUUAAACUUGAGAAGGAAAAUCUUCUCAGCUCGAUGAUCUUAACAUGUCCGAGUCUAGAGAAAUUUUCUUACCUAAUAUACCUCAAGUUUAUCGAUUCUGACCGUUACUUUUAACAGUAGUUUCGAAAUCUAACUUGUGUGCAUACUUUGUAGAGCUGUAGAUCCUUGAAGAUACGGGUUUCUUUGAUCUCGAUUUAUACUUAUAAACCAUAGGUUCUCGCCUCUUUCUUAUCCGCAAAUUCUAAGUUCAUUACAUCUCUAAACUCUUACCUUUACUCAUCGUUAGCUAAUCUUGUUCUUUGUAGCCUAACGUAGCUUCAUUCGAUAGAUUAUCUCUUAUUCCUUUUCUUUCUUCUUUUAGUUAGAUUCUGGCUCGGUUUAACAGUAGUGUCAUCAUCCGUGCAUGCCUUCUUUUCUGGUUUUUUGAAAGUUAAGAUUGCAUAGCACUCGGAAGAUGCUUGUACUAGUUGUUUCUUCUGCAUCACGAGCUGCUUUCUUCAGCCUCUGUUGCACUUCCACCCCUCAAAAUUUCUAGCUCUUUAGUCGUUACUAGCCGGUGUUGCUUUCGUCUUUCCUUAUGGUUUAUGAAUCAUGGCAAUCCAUACCGUAUGUUAGAGUUGUUUGGGUUAGCCAGAGGAAAGAUUCAGAGUCUUGCGACAUGCUUUUAUGUAGACCGCUUUGUGGAACCAUCUGUUGUGUGCUACCUCUUUUGGCUGUUCAUCUUGUGUUCUUUAUAUCAUGAACUAGUAGAUCUAUUAUUAGCUUCAUCCGCUUUAGUUUUAUGAAUCUCAAUGUAGACAUUUCCCGUCUUUGUUCUCAGUUUAAGCGUCUUUGUAGAUGUUCGUGCUAUGUUGUGUUUCGGUUUUCAGAUGUUCUGUCGAUCCGUUUGAGAUUCGUGAAUAUCGUGCUGUAGACAAUCGUCUCUAUCUAUGCUGAAUUGGUACUAUUGCAUAUUUGAUGUUUAAAAA